AUGGCGCUGUUCCGCAAGUUCUUCCUCAAGAAGACGCCGGAUCGGCUGCUCGAGAUCUCCGAGCGCGUCUAUGUGUUCGACUGUUGCUUCGCCGCGGAGGCCAUGGGUGAGGAUGAGUACAGGGAUUACUUGAGUGGCAUUGUUGCGCAGUUGCAGGACUACUUUCCCGAUGCGUCAUUCAUGGUCUCCAAUUUCUGGUCUGGGGACAAGAGGAGUCGGAUUUCAGAUGUAUUGUCUGAGUACGACAUGACAGUCAUGGACUACCCACAGCAAUACGAAGGUUGCCCACUCCUUCAGCUCGAGAUGAUCCACCAUUUCUUGAAAUCAUGUGAAAAUUGGUUGUCAGUGGAAGGGCAGCAGAACAUGCUUCUAAUGCACUGUGAAAGAGGGGGAUGGCCAGUGCUUGCAUUCAUGUUGGCUGGACUACUUCUAUAUCGGAAAACGUACACUGGUGAGCACAAGACUCUAGAGAUGGUCUACAAGCAGGCUCGCAGGGACUUCAUACAACAAUUCCUAAAGUUGAAUCCCCAGUCUUCUCAUCUGAGGUAUUUGCACUAUGUAACAAGACAUGGAAGUGGUUCAGAAUGGCCUCCAAUUAGCCGGCCUCUCAUAUUGGAUUCUGUAGUUCUCCACACAGUUCCUAGAUUUGAUUCCGAAGGGGGCUGUAGGCCGUAUUUGCGUAUUCACGGGCAAGACUCGAGUCCUGGUAACAAGAGUGCAAAGGUUCUUUUUGAGACGCCCAAGACCAAGAAACAUCUCCAGCGGCAUGGGCAGGCUGAAGUUUCGGUGAAAAUUAGUGCUUCUUGCCGUGUUCAGGGAGACGUGGUUCUUGAAUGCAUCCACAUUGGCGAAAAACUAGAUCGCGAGGAAACAAUGUUCCGCGUCAUGUUCAACACUGCAUUCAUUCAAUCAAAUGUCCUUGGAUUGAAUCGUGAUGAUAUUGAUGCUGCGUGGAAUGUGAAUAAUCAGUUCCCAAGGGACUUCCGAGCUGAGGUGCUAAAUUCACCUGCUUCUAUGCCUUUCUUCAAUUUUCAUUUCUGUUUGUCUCCUGUGCAUUAUGAAAUCUAA